AUGUACAAUUUCCAGAAAAAUUUCUGUGGGAUGAAUCCCAAAAGGUAUGGAACCGCAGAAAAAAUAACAUCCGAGUCAUUUGACGCUUGGUUUACGUACACCCCACUGCAGGUUAUGAAAGGUGAAAGGUUUUAUUUGAGAAUGCUUUUGAACAUUGUAUGUGGCGCAACAUCUUUCGAGGAUGUUCACACUGUAAAUGGAAUUGUGUACAACACCGACAAAGAAGCCUGUUUCCAACAUGGUCUGCUAGAGUCUGAUGAUGAAUGGCAUGAGGCGAUUCGAGAUGCAUCCAUACAUCAAACUGGUGCUCAAUUGAGGGAAUUAUUCGUGACAAUGUUAUUAUUCCGUGAUGUCUCAGAUGUAACGGCAUCAUGGGAACAACAUUGGAAAUCAUUUUCAGAUGACAUCGAGCUUAGACAAAGACGAGGUUCUGGAAAGCAAAAUUUUCUGCGAAAGAGAGGUAAAACAUUGGAGGAUUUUCCAACUUUACUCGAACGAGAUGAACGUUUUCAUAGGCAAAGUCAAAACACUCUUUUGUAUGAAGAGAAUAUGUACGAUACGAGAGCAUUAGGAAUUGAAGUAGAGAAAUGUCGUGCCAUGUUAAAUGAGCAACAAUCAUAUGUCUUCGAAACUGUUGUUGCUAAUGUUACAAUAAAGAAAGGUGAUCUAUUUUUUGUUUAUGGGCAUGGAGGUACUGGAAAGACAUUUUUAUGGAAGACUAUUAUUAACAAACUCAGAUCUGAAGAAAAAAUCGUGCUUGUAGUUGCAUCAUCAGGCAUUGCAUCACUGUUGAUUGAAGGUGGACGUUCGGCUCAUUCUAGAUUCAAGAUACCUAUUGACAUCGAUGAGAACUGUACAUGUAAUAUACAACAACAAUCGUUUCUAGCAGAAUUGAUUGUGCAGACAGAUUUGAUUAUUUGGGAUGAGGCACCAAUGAAUCACAAACAUAUAUUUGAAGCUGUUGAUCGAUCAGUUCGUGACUUAAUGCGGCACACAGAUAUAUGCAAUCUUGAAAUAUCAUUUGGAGGAAAAAUGGUGUUGCUAGGUGGUGAUUUCAGACAAAUAUUCCCUAUUCUACCGAAAAAAGGUCGUGAAGAUAUUGUCAUGACUUCCAUUAAUAAAUCAUACUUAUGGAAUGAGUGCACAAUCCCUCUUGAAUUAUAUCUAGAUCCAAAGGAUGAUGGAAAGAAAGUGGUUAUAGAUACAGUUUACUGUGAUUUACACAAUAUGUGUGGUGAUGCAGGCUAUUUCAAGAACCGGCCAUAA